AUGACUGAACCAGGGGAUUCCAAUCUGCUGCAUGAAAGUGUCAAUCAUAGCAAUAAUACUAAUCAACACAAUCAACAUCAUUCUAAAUCAAAUCACAAGCACCAGAACCCCAACUUCAUAAUAAGAUUUUUUAGAGAAGUUUUUGGAUAUAGAAAAACGUCAUUAUCUUUGUUUGUCAUUUUAACAGCAGUAAUAGCAAUCAGUUUAUCAUAUUAUGAAAACUCAUUAGAUUAUAGCAUCAAAUUACCUGAUAAUAAGUAUGAAAAAGAAUUGUUAAAAAAGUCUUGGUUAGACUUGGAGAUUAUAUCAAAAUACGAACAUCCAUAUGCAUCAACAGCCAACGAUAAAGUUCACGAUUAUUUAAAUUCAACAAUAAAUGAAAUAGUUGAAGGAAUUGCCUACAUUGAAGUGGACAACAACAAUACUAUUGUGCUUAACCAUACAUAUUUUAGUCCUAAAGAUAUAGUUUAUUUUGAAAGUAAUAAUAUAUUAGUGAAAAUAAAGGGAAGAAACCCACUGCUCCCUGGUUAUUUAUUGAGUGCACAUUAUGAUUCCGUACCGACGAGUUUUGGUGUUACUGAUGAUGGAAUGGGUAUAGCAAGUUUACUUGGAGUUUUGAGAUACUAUAGCGAACAGAAACAACCGGAAAGAACCAUUGUUUUCAACUUCAAUAACGAUGAAGAAUUUGGGCUUUACGGAGCUGCAGCUUUUGUUGAGCAUCCAUGGUUUCAAGAUGUGAAAUACUUUUUAAAUUUGGAAGGCACCGGUGCUGGAGGGAAAGCUAUUUUAUUUAGAGGAACAGACUACGGUGUUGUUAAAUAUUUCUCCAAUGUUAGAUUUCCUUAUGCUACUUCAAUUUUUCAGCAAGGAUUUGCUAAUGGAUACAUACAUAGUGAAACCGAUUAUAAGAUAUAUCAUGAGGCUGGUCUUAGGGGUUUAGAUUUAGCUUUUUAUAAACCAAGAGAUAUUUACCACACAGGCUUAGAUAAUAUAAAAAAUAUCAACAUCAAAUCCUUAUGGCAUAUGCUUUCAAAUGCCAUAGAUUUUACCAAAUUUAUUUCGGAAAAAAAUAUCGAUGAUGAUGGUGAAUCAGAAUCAGCUAUCUUUUUUUCAUCGUUCAAUCACUUUUUCUCACUACCUGAAUCAAGAUUGUUCAUUAUUAACGUGAUUUUAAUUUUUUUAUUUCCAAUAGUGAAUGGUAUAUUAAUUUUCACAGCCUUGAAGUAUAGAAAUUUGGAACUUACAGCCGGAUCAUUUUUAUUUGUACCUGUUUCGUUAUUUGUUACAACUUUGAUUGUUUCGUUUAUUGUUAAUCAAAUUUUUAAAUCCGUCAACCCUUUAUUACCAUCGUCCAGUCCAUAUUUAUAUGUCAUCACCAUAUCGUCAUUCCUGGUUUUAAUACUUUAUCUUUUUUCAAAUUUAUCUAGCUAUACUUCCCAUCGAGACCAUAAUGAUUUCAAACUAAUCUGUAUUAUUCAGGUGUCUUUUAUAUAUUGGUUGGUGUUGGUGUUUAGUACUAUUAGUGGUUUCAUUUGGGAAAAGAAUAAAAAUCAUACAGGUGAAUAUGGAUUUACAAUAUUAUUUUUCUUGGAGACUGUUACAUCAUUUUUAGGUUUAUUAGGCUGGACUCUAUUUCUGAGAAAGAAAGACGAGACAGUAAGGAAUGUAGAAGAAGAGCCAUUGUUGAAUGGGAAUGUGGAAGAAAGAUAUUCAUCUGAUGAGAAUGACGAUCUGGACGAACCAGACGAGCAACAGAAGGUCGAAAGAACGCUGCAAGAUUUUAACUAUGAAUGGUCUUUACAAUAUUUGCUAACCGUUCCUUUGUCAUUUUUCUUAAUAUACAAUUCUGGAUGGCUUUUGAUAGAGGGAGUGAAUAAGACUAUACAAGAAUCCCUAUCAGGAGAAGAAACGGUCUAUUUUAUAUUACAAGCAUUUGCUAUUGCGUUGGUUGUCCCAAUGAUUCCUUUUGUUCAAAAGUUUAACAGAUUCAUAAUUUUUUUGGUUCUUAUACUAUCAAUAAUAGGAUCAUUUACAAUAUCGAUAAAAGAACCAUUUAACGUAAAGAAUCCUAUGAAAUUAAGAUUUAUUCAAGUGUUGAGUGGUAAAAAUACGUUUGUUAAUGUAUAUGGAAGACAAAAUUAUGUAAAAGAAGCAUUGAAAAGUUUACCAUCAAUUGAACAAUCUAAUACGUCUAUAAAUUGCUUAAAACAAUCUGAUGGAAAUGAAGUUUGUUCUUAUGAAACAAAGUUAUAUCCCAAUAUUUUGCCAAGCAAAGACUUGGAUGAUUACUUAAAUCUAACAAUUUCGAAUACAACAAAAACAAAAUCGUUUGGCAUUAAUAUUGAUGAAUUUACCAUCGUUGCACCACAAAGUAGACAAUGUAAUAUUGAAUUUUCAGGAACUGAAGUCAAGGCAGUAAUACUCAAAAAUGGUUCUAAAGAGAUCCCACCAUUCAAAAGAUUACCUGAUGGAUUUUCAAAGGAUGAAAAUUUCUAUUAUAAAGACGUCCAUGGACUUAGUAAAAUAUACCUUAAUAAAUUAAAUUUUAAUUCUACUUUUGAUUUAGGUUUAUAUUGGAUACCUAGUAUAGAUGAUGAAACAAAUGCUUUGGAAGUUAAGGUGGAGUGUUUUUGGGCAGAUUUAAAACCAAUUUCAUACGAUGAAAAAGUGAAGCCAGCAAUUCCUGCUUAUAAUGAACUAAUUCAUUAUACACCGAAUCAUAUUAGUAUAGCGAAUAAGGAUAGAGGAUUAGUUUCAGCUGCGAAAAAGAUUAAGUUGAAAAGUAAAUAA